AUGGAGUUUGUUUCGCUGAAAGAUGUUAAAGGCAAACAAAUCUUCAAGCGAGCCAAAGAUUUCUACUUUCAAGAUGAAUACAUCAAAGCUUUAGAAGUAAUCAGAGAUUUGUCUUUCAUCAACGAUGAUCGUGACAAGGGUAUGGUCAAUUUCUUGCAAGGUACUAUCUUCAAGGACUUAUCUAGAAAAACAGACAACACUGAUGUGAAAUACACGUACUUGUUGGGUUCUGUUGAAAUCUUUUCUAUGCAUCGUAGUUUAUCAUUGCUUGCUGCGAUUUCACUCUUCGAUUUGGCCGAACAUCUUGAAUCAGUACUAUAUUACAAGAAAGCCUUGGUCGUAGCGAAACAGAGCUUGAGCUUGAGCUUGAAGGCUAUUCAAGACUUAGAGCUUGUGAAGCAUAUAAUCAAAACUUCAGAGUGGAAGAUUGCUGAAUCCAAGUCUGGUGUUGCUUCUACUAUGAAAAUGAGCGAACAGAGAGUUAGGGAGUCGAAGGAUAAUGAAGAGACGAGGAAGAUUGACUUUGAUUUAGUUAAAAGAUUGAAGUCGUAUUGGGAUGGUUUGAAUGUUGAGGUUAGAAGGAACUUUAUGAAAGUAGACGCUGCGGAAUUUAGAAGUUUUGUUGAAAGCAUGUAUGGCAGAGAUGGACGAAGUGCUUUGGAGCAAGUUCUCACCACUGCUAAGGAAGACAGAAAAUGGAAGUUUUGGAUGUGUCGAACUUGUCCGUUGAAGUUCUCUAGUGCUGAUGAAUGUAAGGAUCAUUUUGAACAAGAACAUGGUGCAAAAUUUAAACUUGAUUCGACAAACGAUGAGGUCCAGAUGAUAAGUAAAGUCAUGGCUCGUAAGAUCUCUGUUGGAAGUUGGGAACCAGUGGAUGCAMUAGCUGCCGUUGAAAUGAUUAAGAAUCAGCUCGAAGAUGUGAAAGCGUUUGCAUAUGAGAAUGGAUGGUCCAAAGACUGGCCUUUAGCUACYGAUGAAGAGCGCAGUAAGUUACUCCAUCAAAUCCAACAGCUCCUUGUGUCGUUUUAUGACCUUAAAAUUCUCUCCUGUAGCAUUCAUGACUGGUUAAUGGAUGUUGUGGUUAAGCAUCUCGAAACACUUCAACUUUCCAAGCAUAUUCUUACCGAGUGUCUCCUACUGGAAACACCUCAGAGUAUAUGUUUUCUGGAAUGUGUUGAACUAAAGCAAAUCCUGGACUUUCUAAAAAGCAUCAAGUGUGAAAGGAAUGAUGGUACASAUCUGGUUUGCAGAGCWGUYGACAGUUUCUGCGGUGGUACUCGAGUUAAAGAAAAGAUCGACUUUGACCCUCGAUUUUCAUUUCUACUUCUUGAUAUGAGACUGUUGCAAGGCAAGAUUGCUCAAUUCGAUGAUGAAGGGACGAUCAAUGUUUUUAAUCCCAAUGCUCACUACUCCAAGGCACAUGCUCAUGGAGAUGAUAUCUUAUCCUGGUUAACCGACAACUCUUCAAGAGAUGAGACUUUUCGAUUUCCUAGACCUAUCAGGGUCCACAAUCUUAAUAUUUGGGUGGCUGUUCUGAGAGCCAAUCAGUUCACGUGUAGGACUUUGGGAGCCAAAUAUCAAAAGAAACUCAAGCUCCUAUGUUUCGAUGCAGCUCUUGAUGGCGUCAAGAACUUAUGUAUGCUCGAAGAUGAAAGGAGAAGGAAUACUUUGGAAGAUCAAUGGACCUCAUAUGCUACUCUUAUAUGUGAUAAAUACGAAAAGCUUUUACCGAGGAGUUCUCUCGCGACAAGAAUAGACUUGUCUGUAGUUCGACAGGUUCUGGAAGCAGUAUUGGAUCCGACAUUUGAUAUCCCGGAUUCAGAAGAUUCCCUGAAUGUUAUACGUGAGCAUAAAAAUGUCACUGAUUAUUCAGUGUUGACUUCCAUAGAUCACCUGAAAUUAAUUGUCACCUACAAGAUCUCCUACAAGGUUCCUCGAAUUGAUUCAGAGAUUUUGCUGAUUGAAAAGGCAAGGAUUAAUUUGCUGUACUGCCUCACCAGACUUUCUGUUUUUGACUAUCGCUCUUACAUCCUUGGACCGCUGAAAGAAUUCUUGCUGUUGUAUGAAGAAAUGGUCUUCAUGGUGCAACAGAAAACUUCAACGAGCGUAUCUAGUCCCCUUGAUAAGAUUGUUGAACAUGAACCGGAACAUACUGUCUCAAGUGAAAGGGAUCAAUUGGAAACUUCAUCAAACACUGACAAUCAAGAGGAAGCUGCUAGAAGAGCUUCUCAAUUGACAAACAUGCCUGGAGAAAAUUCACAGUUGAAACAUUUGGAGUCAGCACAUGGAGCAGCUGCAACGAGAUGCAAAUCAGCUCUUGAGAUGACACUGAAGGCCCUUUGUAACAUUAAGGCUCUUAAAGACUAUUUGGUGGAAAAUAGGGAUCAGUUUCCUGACAACCUAGAAGAACAAGUUCCUUCUGCGCUACAAAGUUUCUUUACUGCUUUUGUCUCAGAGAUUAAAGAAGAGGGAGUCCACAGUUACCUUCUGGAAAACUUACUUGCUUCCCUAGAAUCAAGGGAUGCGGCUGAGCUACUCGUAUCCAUCCUUGAGUUUUGGCCUUGCUGGAAAAGUCCAGAAAUAGAAAGCGUGGUAACUCAUCUUUUUACACUUGAAGAAUAUGAAAGAAUGAGUUGUAGCAAAUGCGGAAAGAAGCCAAAUUAUCAAGAGCAAACUUCUUAUGGCAUUGUUAUAGCUGCAAAUUCAAUCAGAGACCUGAAGUGUGGUUUUGGGGAUAUAAAGUUCGAGGACAUCCUUAAGGUGAUCCAUAUGGAAGAUAAAAUGUUAUGUGACUGUGGAAUGGAAAACUUUGUUCAUCACAUUAUAAGUAGAUGCCCGCCUAUUUUCACAAUCGUGUUGGAAUGGGUGAAGAAUGAAACUGAAGAGGAAAUAUCUGGAACAACAAAGGCUUUGGAUUGGGAGAUAGAUAUCAGCAGGUUAUACGAAGGAUUAGAACCAAACAAAAAGUACCGGCUUGUGUCAAUGGUUGGUUAUGGUAAAGAAGAAGAAGAAUACAUUUGCCUAGCUUAUAAAACGACCCGGUGGUUCAGUCUUGGAAAUGAAGCUUUACCAAAAGAGAAUGUUGGUGACUGGAAGAGUGUGGUCAGAUUCUGUGUGGAAAGGAAGGUUCGGCCCGAGGUUCUGUUUUAUGAAGCUGCUUGA